AUGUGGCCCGGCCAGGCCAUGACCCUCAAGGUUAAGAAGGUCAUCCACCACGAGAAGUCCCAGUACCAGGAUGUCCUCAUCUUUGAGUCCACCGACUACGGCAUGGUUUUGGUUCUGGACAACGUCAUCCAGGCCACGGAGCGUGAUGAGUUCUCCUACCAGGAGAUGAUUACUCACCUGGCCAUGAACUCCCACCCCAACCCCAAGAAGGUCCUCGUCAUCGGUGGUGGUGACGGCGGUGUCCUCCGUGAGGUCGUCAAGCACGAGUGCGUUGAGGAGGCCAUCCUCUGCGACAUUGACGAGGCCGUCAUCCGCCUCUCCAAGCAGUACCUCCCCAACAUGGCCGUCGGCUUUGACCACCCCAAGUCCAAGACCCACGUCGGCGACGGCUUCAAGUUCCUCGAGGAGUACAAGAACACCUUUGAUGUCAUCAUCACCGACUCCUCUGACCCCGAGGGCCCUGCCGAGUCCCUCUUCCAGAAGCCCUACUUCCAGCUCCUCCACGACGCCCUGAGGGAGGGCGGUGUCAUCACUACCCAAGGUUCUGAGAACCAGUGGCUUCACCUGCCGCUCAUCUCCAAGCUCAAGAAGGACUGCAAGGAGAUCUUCCCCGUCGCCGAGUACGCCUACACCACCAUCCCCACCUACCCCAGCGGCCAGAUCGGCUUCAUGGUCUGCACCAAGGACGCCGGCCGCAACGUCAAGGAGCCCCUCCGCAAGUGGUCCGCCGAGGAGGAGGAGAAGCUGUGCAAGUACUACAAUGCCGAUAUCCACAAGGCGGCCUUUGUCCUGCCCAACUUUGCCAAGAAAGCUCUGGAGUAA